UGGAAAAUUGUUAUAAUUAAAAAGAGUCGUUUGCUUAGCAUUGCAAAAGUGUGGGGGGUUUUGAGUUUCAAUUCUCUCUCUCUCUAAAUUUCUUUAUUUUUGUUUCUUCUUUCAUUUAAACCUCUGCACCUCUCCGAUUUUUCUUCUUUUCAUUGGGAAAUCGGAAAGGUGUAAAUACGAAGCUCAUUGUGCUCUCAGAUCUUGUCUUGUUUUUGUGUAAAUUUUUUCCUUUUAUUAGAGUAGUUGGAGGAGUUCAGGAACUUGUUAUUUGGAUUGGCGGUGGUUUUUUGUUGCAGAAAUUUAUUAAAUUGCGGUGGUUUAUUGGAUGAGUUUUUUUUUUUUUUUUUUUUUUUAUUUUUUGGAUGAGUUUUUUUUUUUUUUUUUUUAUUCAAGUAGUAGAAGCUGCGGUGUUUUGAUCUGCUUUGCGUGAACGGUUGUCUUUUGCGUUCUUGAGGAGUGAAGGCUGAUCGAGGCGGCAUUGAAGUUUCUGAUCUGAUUGAAGUUGUUACGAGAUGGUUGCUCCGAUCACAUUAGGGGUCGGGUCUCUUGUGUGGUUGGAGGACCCUGAUGUAGCCUGGAUAGAUGGUGAAGUUGUAGCUGUUAAUAAUGAAGACAUCAAGGUGCUAUGUACAUCAGGGAAGACGGUUGCGGUCAAGUCCUCUAAUGUCUACCCAAAAGAUGCUGAAGCCCCACCUUGUGGGGUGGAUGAUAUGACCAAGUUGGCAUAUUUGCAUGAACCUGGAGUUUUGGAUAAUUUAAAAUCAAGAUAUGACAUCAAUGAAAUAUAUACUUAUACUGGAAAUAUAUUGAUUGCUGUGAAUCCAUUUCAAAGAUUACCUCAUCUCUAUGAUAGUCAUAUGAUGGCACAAUAUAAAGGAGCAGCCUUCGGUGAGCUGAGUCCCCAUCCAUUCGCUGUUGCAGAUGCUGCAUACAGGCUGAUGAUGAAUGAAGGAAUAAGUCAGUCGAUCUUGGUUAGUGGUGAGAGUGGAGCAGGUAAAACAGAAAGUACAAAAUUACUUAUGCAAUAUCUGGCUUACAUGGGGGGACGAUCAGCGGCUGAGGGAAGGACAGUGGAACAACAAGUUCUUGAGUCAAAUCCUGUUCUCGAGGCAUUUGGCAACGCAAAGACAGUGAGGAACAAUAAUUCAAGUCGUUUCGGUAAAUUUGUCGAGAUUCAGUUUGAUCAAAGGGGUAGAAUCUCUGGGGCUGCAGUCAGGACAUACUUGCUUGAAAGAUCUCGUGUUUGUCAGGUGUCUGAUCCUGAGAGAAACUACCACUGUUUCUAUAUGCUUUGUGCUGCACCUCCAGAGGAUAUUCAAAAGUACAAGUUGGGAAAUCCAAGAACAUUUCAUUAUUUGAACCAGUCGAAUUGCUAUGAGCUAGAUGGGGUUGAUGAUUCUAAAGAAUAUAUAGCAACAAGGAGGGCAAUGGAUACUGUAGGCAUCAGUUCUGAGGAACAGGAUGCAAUAUUUCGGGUUAUAGCUGCAAUACUCCAUCUUGGAAAUAUUGAAUUUGUGAAGGGGAAGGAAAUUGAUUCAUCCAUGCCCAAAGAUGAAAAAUCUUGGUUUCAUUUAAGAACAGCAGCUGAGAUGUUCAUGUGUGAUGCAAAAUCUUUGGAGGAUUCCCUCUGCAAACGUGUAAUUGUGACCCGUGAUGAGACCAUCACCAAGGAGUUGGAUCCAGAGGCAGCUGCUGCCAGUAGAGAUGCUUUGGCCAAAAUUGUCUACUCAAGGUUGUUUGACUGGCUUGUGGAAAAGAUCAAUAGUUCAAUUGGUCAAGAUCCCAAUUCAAAAUGUUUAAUUGGGGUGCUGGAUAUCUACGGAUUUGAGAGUUUCAAGACUAACAGUUUUGAACAAUUUUGCAUAAACUUGACCAAUGAGAAGCUUCAGCAGCACUUUAAUCAGCACGUUUUUAAAAUGGAGCAAGAGGAAUAUACAAAAGAAGAAAUUAACUGGAGCUACAUAGAGUUCAUCGACAAUCAAGAUGUUCUGGAUCUAAUUGAAAAGAAGCCAGGUGGCAUAAUAGCUCUUCUUGAUGAAGCUUGCAUGUUUCCACGUUCAACUCAUGAAACGUUUGCCCAAAAGCUGUACCAGACUUUUAAGAACCACAAACGCUUCAGCAAGCCGAAAUUAGCUCGUUCUGACUUCACCAUUUCACAUUACGCCGGUGAUGUGACGUAUCAAACUGAGCAGUUUCUGGACAAAAACAAGGAUUAUGUUAUUGCUGAGCAUCAGGCCCUCUUAAAUGCUUCCAAAUGUUCAUUUGUUUCGGGUCUUUUUCCAGUAUCAAAUGAGGAGUCCUCUAAACAAUCAAAAUUUUCUUCAAUUGGCUCAAGGUUUAAGCAACAACUACAAUCUCUGCUUGAAACUCUGAGUUCCACUGAACCUCAUUACAUACGCUGUGUAAAGCCAAAUAACCUUCUUAAGCCGGCUAUCUUUGAAAAUUAUAAUGUCCUCCAACAGCUGCGUUGUGGGGGGGUCAUGGAAGCUAUUAGGAUAAGUUGUGCUGGAUAUCCUACCAAAAAACCUUUUGUUGAAUUUGUAGACCGUUUUGGUAUCCUUGCCCCUGAAGUUUUGGAUGGGAGUACGGAUGAGGUUGCAGUUUGCAAGAGGCUUUUGGAGAAAGUUAGACUUCAAGGCUAUCAGAUUGGUAAAACAAAAGUGUUUCUGAGGGCCGGUCAGAUGGCAGAGCUGGAUGCUCGAAGGACUGAAGUAUUGGGAAGAUCAGCCAGCAUUAUCCAGAGGAAAAUUCGUUCUUAUAUGGCUCGAAAAAGCUUCAUAUUAUUGCGUCGCUCAGCAAUAUUUUUUCAAUCUGUGUGCAGAGGAGAACUUACUCGACACAUUUAUGAGGGCAUGCGGAGGGAGGCUUCUUGUAUCAGAAUCCAGAGAGAUCUGCGAAUGUAUCUUGCCAGGAAAGCAUACCAAGAACUGCACUCAUCUGCUGUUUCAAUUCAGACAGGAAUGCGUGUCAUGGCGGCACGUAAUGAACUGCGGUUUAGACAGCAGACAAAAGCAGCAGUUGUGAUUCAGAGUCAUUGCCGUGAAUUCUUAGCACAUUCAGAAUAUAUCAAGCUGAAAAGAGCUGCACUUACCACGCAAUGUGCAUGGAGGGCAAGACUUGCACGUAAAGAACUGCGUAAAUUGAAGAUGGCGGCCAGAGAAACUGGUGCCCUGCAAGCUGCCAAGAAUAAACUAGAGAAGCAAGUUGAAGAAUUGACUUGGAGAUUGCAGCUUGAGAAACGAAUGAGAGCUGACCUAGAGGAAGCAAAAACACAAGAGAACACAAAAUUACAGACGGCUUUACAAGAGCUUCAGCUUCAGUUCAAGGAAACCAAAGACAUGUUGUUAAAGGAAAGGGAGGCUGCAAAAUUGGCAGCUGAGCAAGUCCCAGUAAUACAGGAAAUUCCAGUCAUUGACCAUGAAAUGAUGGAUAAGCUUGCUGUUGAAAAUGAAAAACUCAAGGCUUUAGUUAGCUCUCUUGAAACAAAAAUAGAUGAAACCGAGAAGAGAUAUGAAGAAACAAACAAACUUAGUGAGGAGAGGUUGAAGCAAGCCAUGGAGGCAGAGUCGAUGAUUGUUAAGUUGAAGACCAAUAUGCACAGGCUUGAAGAAAAAAUUUCGGACAUGGAAUCUGAGAACAAAAUUCUUCGGCAGCAAACCUUGUCAGCCGCUUCUAAGGGAGCAUCAGAAAAUCCAUCAGCUUUAGCAACCAAGAUAUUGGAAAAUGGCCACCAUGCCGAUGAAGAUAUACUACAUACUCCAGCAAAAGUCUCCGAGAUCCCUGAGAGCAAACCAAGGAGACCCCCUACUGAUCGUCAGCAUGAGGAUGUUGAUGCACUCAUGGAAUGUGUAAUGAAAGAUGUGGGGUUCAGUCAAGGCAAGCCCGUUGCAGCUUUCACAAUAUACAAAUGCCUUUUGCACUGGAAAUCUUUUGAAGCUGAGCGCACAAGUGUGUUUGAUCGUCUUAUUCAGAUGAUUGGUUCAGCCAUAGAGAAUCAAGACAACAAUGAUCACAUGGCUUAUUGGCUGUCAAAUACCUCUACGCUGUUGUUCUUGCUUCAAAAAAGUAUGAAACCUGCUGGCGCAGCUGGUGUGACCCCAGUUCGUAAACCACCACCACCAACCUCCCUGUUUGGGAGGAUGACAAUGGGGUUCAGGUCAUCGCCUUCUUCUGUCAGCCUUGCCGCAGCUGCAGCUGCACUUGAUACCGUGCGCCAAGUUGAAGCCAAAUACCCAGCUCUGCUUUUCAAGCAGCAGCUUACCGCAUAUGUCGAGAAAAUCUAUGGCAUUAUUCGAGAUAACUUGAAGAAGGAGUUGGGAUCACUGCUUGCUUUAUGCAUUCAGGCACCAAGAACCUCCAAAGGAAGUGUGCUAAGAUCUGGGCGGUCUUUUGGCAAAGAUUCUCCGUCAAAUCACUGGCAGGGCAUCAUUGAUUGUCUCAACUCCCUUCUCAGUACACUGAAAGAAAAUUUUGUUCCCCCUGUUCUUGUUCAGAAGAUAUUUACUCAAAUAUUUUCGUACAUUAAUGUGCAACUCUUUAACAGUCUUCUCCUACGCCGUGAGUGUUGUACGUUCAGCAACGGCGAGUAUGUAAAAGCUGGAUUGGCUGAGCUAGAGUUGUGGUGCUGCCAAGCAAAAGAUGAGUAUGCAGGCUCAGCUUGGGAUGAGCUCAAACACAUAAGACAGGCUGUUGGCUUCUUGGUUAUACAUCAGAAGUACAGAAUAUCUUAUGAUGAAAUCACCAAUGAUUUGUGUCCGAUUCUGAGCGUCCAGCAGCUGUACAGAAUUUGCACUUUAUACUGGGAUGAUAAUUAUAAUACAAGAAGUGUGUCAGCGGAGGUCAUAUCGAGCAUGAGGGUGCUGAUGACAGAGGACUCCAACAAUCCUGUCAGCAACUCAUUUCUGUUGGACGACAGUUCAAGCAUCCCAUUCUCAGUUGACGAACUCUCUACUUCACUCCAAGUUAAGGGUUUCUUGGACGUCAAGCCCGCAGAAGACCUUCGUGAGAACCCCGCCUUCCAAUUUUUACAUGACUAAGGCCGGGAACGUCCAUUUUGGGUUUGGGUAUGGUAACGUGCCAUGAUCAACACAGAUCCAUCGUGCACUGUAAAUCCGUUAUUUUUUUCAUUUUUGGCAGUAUAGGUUUGCUGUAUAAUUUAUUCUUUAUAUCAUAUGGUAUUUAUGAAGGUUUUACAAUAUUAGGGGCUGGGGAAAUUGAUUCCAUGGGCAGAUUCCUUUGUUUCUAUGUUGUUUUCGUCCCUGCCGGAAUGGCAGCAUUCUUUCUGUGGAGUUAGGGGACAGGUACAUUUUUUCUUGUACUUAUCCGACAUUUCCAUGUAAUAUAGAAAUCUUCCUUGUUGAGAAGGGAGUUUGUUUAUUUGGUUUUUUUAUAGGUCUAUACACGCGUUUGUACGAGUGUUUCUGUCCAUGUUAAUAUUUGGAAAUCAUGGUUGAGUUAUUUUA